GCGAAUAGUUCGGCAUGGUAGCCACUCUGUAUAAUUUAUGUCGCGACAGUAUUAGGAUUUAAGACAGACAGCCAACCUGGCUCUUGCUAUUGAUGAUAGCAGCUAGGGCAAAACACUCUAUUUAUGCAUACCACUCAUAUAUUUAUUUGCCAUAUAAAUAAAACGGGCUUAAGAUCCUUUGGUAGCCGAGUGCUUGGAAUGUGUCCGCGACAUGUCCUCUAUCUAAGAACCGGGUCCUUUAGUUCACGGAGGAUCCUUUUGAAUAGUCUUUAAAUAAUAUACAUCAUGGAAGCGACCUGCUUGGAAAAAGCGUCCCUCGCUGCAUGACGGACUCCUGGAUAGGAGCCGCACCAUUUGCUUACACGUCGCAGCGCAAAUCCAUUCGGUUUCAGCUUCCAACAAGUUGGAGACACCCUGCCUCCGAAGACACGUGUACCUUGCAGCAUUACAGUCCUUCACAGCUCUAUUACCAGAAUGUCUGGCGGCCUAGCAGCCCAAAUGCAGCUGUUUCUGCUGGUUUGGGGUUUGCUCUCCGCCACCAUCAACGGCGCUGUGCCUGCCAAGAACAGCUACCGCAGCCCAUCAGGCCACCCCUUGUUCAUCGAACCGCGCCAUGCCGUUUACCAUGCCGGAGUACGGCAUAAAGCUGAUGAAGCCGGGCUGGACGAGCAUGGCGCAUGGGUGCACUUGAAGUACGACAUGGAACUGGCUGAGCACCUGGUCAUCCUAGCACACGAGCCCAGCCUGCUGGGCCUGAGGUGCUUGGAGGAGUCCGGCUGGCUGGUGUUCAUGGUCAGGGACACUGCAACACCACUGCGCUGGCCGCGGGGAGCUGUGGUGGUGGGAAACGAGUCCUGGGGGUGUCGACCACAUGGGGAAGAGAAGGCGAAGCCCUUCUACUACCGCUUGAAGAGCGCUGGCACGGCACAUGGCCCCAACGAGGCUAUCACUGGAGAUUGGCUCGACGUGUUUGCCAGCAUGCACAAAGGCAGUCCUAAUGACACUGCUGCUGAGAGCUCUGAAGAAGUACUCCAAGACUACGACGCUGAUCAGCAGCAGCAGGUCCCACGCUUUGCAAACCGCACGACGGCCCCUAAUCAUGUUACCUGGUGCAGCAUGUUCAAUUGCUCAACAGCAGCAAACGUUUCGUUUGUGGUGUUCGAGGCCGAAGCGGUCGGCAUGGAGUUUUGCUUCCGGCACGCACGCAUCUCAUACCGCUACCUGCCUCAUGGCCACGUUGACCACCCAGUAAGCGGAGCCAAAGCUCGCGCUGCUGCUACUGCCACCGCCCGACGGCAGCAGCAAGCAGCCGCGGGUGGCUUAAUUUACACGGGCAUGGGAACCAUGACGGCCGAUGAAGUUGAAGCAGCUUAUGCUCACCUCGUGAACGCUACCGGCAAGUUGCCACGGUUGGAGUCCGAGGACGACAGCAUGAUGGGUGAUGAUGCCAGCAGCCAUGGGAGGCGACUCCAGGGGUUCUGGAGCUCCCUUUGGGACGGCACCAAGAAACUCGCUAAGCAGGUAUCUCGUGAAAUCGUCAAGGUGGCAGAUGCCCUUGUCAACACUGUCGAAGCGGUUGCGGCGGUGGUCGACGUGGCAGCCACGCUGGCGAGUGGUGACCCAGUUACCCUUGGUGGAAAGCAGGCAGUCAAUCUUCUGGGCAUGAACUAUGACAGCGCAACGCAGCGUGUCAUAAAUCCAUCCAUAGACCUGGGAACAAGCGGUAUCACUGCCACGUGUGAUGGGUGCUACGCUACCAUGGAUGCUGGCGUGCUGUUUGAAGUCGUCAUUGCACCCCAGACCUCCUUCCCUUUCGUUCGCAUGGAGAGCUGUAAGAUGUCCGCGUACGGCUCCCUAAACAUAAAUGCUGAUGUCACGGUUGGUGCUACGGUUAGCGGGUCCUCUGGGUACCAGGUUAUGGGCACACGUAACAAACCGCAGCAGCCAGGCAUCCAGGACAACUACGUCGGCGCCAUCUCGUUCAUGGCUGGCCCCAUUCCAGUGACAUUGGAUUUCUUUGUUGGGCUUGAGGUGGCGCUGGCAAUGUCCGUAUCCGCCAGCGGCACUGCAAGCACUGGGUUUAGCUAUUCACGGUACAUGGAGCUUGGGACGGAAUACCGGUACCAGUGGGGUGAAUUCAGGAGUGUUCCAUCGCAGGUCUGGUCCCAAUUUACCUUCCAUCCAGUUCGCCUGUCAUUCAGCACCGGCGUUGUUAUUGAGACAACGUUUUCACCCCGGCUCCUCAUCAAAGCAUGGAAGCUAGUCCCGUUCCUCAUCAGCCCCAUGUUCACAGUGGGAGUCGAGGGCACUGUAAACAGCCCCGGCUGCUCCUCUCUCGGAUACCAGCUCUUUUACGGCUUAGCCCUGAAGCUCUCCGUUGAGAAGAUUAUAGUGCAGCUGCCCAUCAUCAAGAAGAAUCUCACACUGGGGAGUCCCGUGCUGCCAAUGACAGCGACCAUACCUCUGAUUUCCAAGGCCAACGCAAACAUCGUCGGAUGUCUUCCCCUACCCGGUGGAGGGAGCACGUCUGGUCAGGACACCCUGUGGUACACCGGGCCGUGGGGAGCAUGCAGUGCCACAUGUGGUGGGGGCACACGCAGCCGGGUCGUGGAGUGCCGCCUGCGGAGCAACACAGACGUGAAAGUGGCUGACAGCUCCUGCCCCUGGACCAAGCCAGCCGCCACUCAGGCUUGCAACAGCAUGACCUGUGGCACCUCAGGCAGCUGCCCUGCUGCAUGCACUCGAGACAUGCUGAGCAACGAGGAGUGUGACCGGGAGUGCAUGGUUCCGGAGUGUGGUUUCGACAACGGCUACUGCACAAAGCAGCUGCAAGUCGCAGUUGCAUGCCUGGCUGCCACCACCUGCCGGGACUGCCUGUCAAGUGGCACCUCCUGCGGCUGGUGCGCCUCCAGCAACCGCUGCCUUCCUGGUGGCCUUGGCGCACCCCUGACUGGCUACAGCUGUGGCUCAUCCUCUUGGUGGACAGGACAAUGCGUCCCUGAUGAGCCCACGCUGUCAUUCUCAAAGCCUACCGCCGGCAGCAGCUGUUUUGUUGGGCAGCAAUGCACUGUGCAGUGGAGUGGUGGCUCUGGGGACGUCCGAAUCUUCCUGCGGUCAAGUUCCUCUGCACCAAUGUUGCAGGGGUUCGGCCUUCCAACAGGACCGGUAUCAAAUACCAACCCCUCCCUCACUUGGGUAGUCCCUGCGGGCACUCCGUUGAGCAGUAGCUAUCAGCUAAUCAUCCUCAGCGAUUCAGAUGAUAGUAACUUUGGUGUCAGCAGCACCUUUGCUAUCACCGGCACGGUAUCAGCAUACCGUUGGGAUGUGGCGACAGACUGGGGCGCCUGCAGUGUUAUUUGCGGUGGUGGCACCCGCACACGUACCAUCCGGUGCAUCAAAAUUUCCGACAGCUCAACAGUGUCAUCGAGUCUGUGCAAUGCUGCAUAUCAGCCAGCUUCUAGUGAAGCGUGCAACACAUACCGUUGCCAAACAUGCCCUUCAGUUGGUGUAUGCUCCACGGGCCGCUGCCCUGCUUGCACAUGCAAGCGGCAGCCUAGCGGGUUUGGAUACUUCUGUGGCACAACCCUAGAUGGUUUCACAUACGGGUGCGACACAGACUCAAAUGACUACCCUGGUUACCAGGCCUGCUGCCGUCGUCAGGGGUUCAUGUGUGAUGACGGCUGCACAGGCAAAGCCAAGUGGAUGGAGGCCGCCCGUGGGCCAUGCAGCAAGCCGUGUGGAGGGGGCACCCAGACCAGGUCCUUCCGAUGCCUAGGGCAUUAUGAUCCCGGCUGUGGUGGGAGUGAUUACCAGUGCGCAAAGAAUAUCACCUGCUAUGACUACCAGUGCCAAGGGCCCGAUCCGGGCAAGCUGACAUAUGAGUGUAACACGGAGCCCUGCCCAGUGUACAGCUGGAAGACAUCAGAUUGGAGUGUGUGCUCUCGGGCAUGCAGUGGAGGUACUCAAACUCGCACCGUCCAGUGUGUUCUGGGGUCUUCAACCGCUGCAAGUGGUUCCGUGGUCGCAGAUAGCUUCUGCACAGCCACACGGCCGGCAGAAUCACAGAGCUGCAACUCAGAGGCAUGUCUUGAAUUUCCCCUGGGCUUUGUUAGCCCUGUACCCGGCGAUCAGUUUGAGGUCUGCAGUGCGAUAAAUGUGAGCUGGUCAGGAGGUCUAGGCUAUGGUGUUAUCAGCGUGCAGGCAGCACUCAUAGCGGAAGGCCUGGCAGCCAUACCACCGUUGGCCAACUUUCAAACCCUAGCAACCACGUGGUAUGCUGAGACCUUGAACCUGCCGACAUCCGUGGAGAAUACCGGCAGCACUCUGUGGCAGGUUCCUUGCUAUGCGAGCAUGCUUCCAGGGUGGUACCUGCUGCGGGUAAUCUCGGGCAACAGCAGCAGCAACAUGGCUACAAUGGAAGGCCCAAUCCUCAUACGGGGAGCCCCUGGGUCAUGUAUGCGCCCGGAUGGGUACUGUACACACGCCGGCUCUACCCUCCAGCGUGUCGACUGUGAUGGUGACGGCCGGCUCGACCUGGUCUGCACGGACACAACAGGACAGCGCGGGGUGAUCCUGUCGAGUACAGGGUGCAACCGGCAGGAUGGAUGGCCCAACGUCACGGUUACAGCAUGCCCAGCCAUCCUAACCAAGACCACCCAUCUGGGCUGCUACACGGACAAUGCACAGCGUGUGCUGCCCACCCAGCUAGCUGUCCGUUCCGACAUGACACCAGAAAUGUGUGCAGCUCUGGCGUACAAAGCAGGCCUGAACAUAUAUGGUAUCGAGGUGGGAAUUGAAUGUUUUGGUGGCAAUGACCUUGAGCGUGCCAAGCAACUGGGCACAAGUCAACACUGCGACUCCGCAUGUGCUGGUGACACCUCACGCUGGAUGUGUGGGGGUGGCUGGGCGCUGGACAUAUACCUCUUUGAAUCAUGCAUCCGCCCGGACGGGUACUGUACACACGCCGGCUCUACCCUCCAGCGUGUUGACUGUGAUGGUGAUGGCUGGCUCGACCUGGUGUGCACGGACACAGCAGGACAGCGCGGGGUGAUCCUGUCGAGUACAGGGUGCAACCGGCAGGAUGGAUGGCCCAACGUCACAGUUACGGCAUGCCCAGCUGUCUUCUAUGGGAUCACUUUCCUCGGCUGCUAUGCGGACAAUGCACAGCGUGUGCUGCCCACCCAGCUAGCUGUCAGUGCUGACAUGACACCAGAGAUGUGUGCAGCUCUGGCAUUCAGGGCAGGCCUGUCAUUGUUUGGGAUAGAGGUUGGGAUCGAGUGCUUUGGUGGAAAUGAUGUCCAAACUGCCACACAGUUAGGCAUGAGCCAAACUUGUGGCAGUCGAUGUGCUGGGGACGCUUCCAGAAUAUGUGGUGGCGGCUGGGCGUUAAGUGUGUACAUUCUCGGUAGCGGGUCUCCAAGCCCUCCAGUUCCCAUUCCUCCCUCUCCACCCAGUCCUUCGCCUCCCUCCCCACCCAGCCCUACACCACCCUCUCCGCCUAGCCCCACACCUCCCUCCCCACCCAGCCCUUCUCCACCUUCUCCGCCUAGCCCCAAACCUCCCUCCCCACCCAGCCCUUCACCACCUCCUAUCCCUCCAAGCCCUAGACCUCCUACACCUCCCAGCCCGCCACCGUCCCCACCUAGCCCUUCACCACCUUCUCCGCCUAGCCCCACACCUCCCUCCCCACCCAGCCCUUCACCACCUACUCCGCCUAGCCCCACAUCUCCCUCCCCACCCAGCCCUUCACCACCUCCUAUCCCUCCAAGCCCUAGACCUCCUACACCUCCCAGCCCGCCACCGUCCCCACCUAGCCCUUCACCACCUUCCCCACCCAGUCCUUCGCCUCCCUCCCCUCCCAGCCCUACACCACCCUCUCCGCCUAGCCCCACACCUCCCUCCCCACCCAGCCCUUCACCACCUUCUCCGCCUAGCCCCACACCUCCCUCCCCACCCAGCCCUUCACCACCUCCUAUCCCUCCAAGCCCUAGACCUCCUACACCUCCAAGCCCGCCACCGUCCCCACCUAGCCCUUCACCACCUUCCCCACCCAGUCCUUCGCCUCCCUCCCCACCCAGCCCUACACCACCCUCUCCGCCUAGCCCCACACCUCCCUCCCCACCCAGCCCUUCACCACCUUCUCCGCCUAGCCCCACACCUCCCUCCCCACCCAGCCCUUCACCACCUCCUAUCCCUCCAAGCCCUAGACCUCCUACACCUCCAAGCCCGCCACCGUCCCCACCUAGCCCUUCACCACCUUCCCCACCCAGUCCUUCGCCUCCCUCCCCACCCAGCCCUUCACCACCCUCUCCGCCUAGCCCCACACCUCCCUCCCCACCCAGCCCUUCACCACCUUCUCCGCCUAGCCCCACACCUCCCUCCCCACCCAGCCCUUCACCACCUCCUAUCCCUCCAAGCCCUAGACCUCCUACACCUCCAAGCCCGCCACCGUCCCCACCUAGCCCUUCUCCACCUUCCCCACCCAGUCCUUCGCCUCCCUCCCCACCCAGCCCUUCACCACCCUCUCCGCCUAGCCCCACACCUCCCUCCCCACCCAGCCCUUCACCACCUUCUCCGCCUAGCCCCACACCUCCCUCCCCACCCAGCCCUUCACCACCUCCUAUCCCUCCAAGCCCUAGACCUCCUACACCUCCAAGCCCGCCACCGUCCCCACCUAGCCCUUCACCACCUUCCCCACCCAGUCCUUCGCCUCCCUCCCCACCCAGCCCUUCACCACCCUCUCCGCCUAGCCCCACACCUCCCUCCCCACCCAGCCCUUCACCACCUUCUCCGCCUAGCCCCACACCUCCCUCCCCACCCAGCCCUUCACCACCUCCUAUCCCUCCAAGCCCUAGACCUCCUGCACCUCCAAGCCCGCCACCGUCCCCACCUAGCCCUUCACCACCUUCCCCACCCAGUCCUUCGCCUCCCUCCCCUCCCAGCCCUACACCACCCUCUCCGCCUAGCCCCACACCUCCCUCCCCACCCAGCCCUUCACCACCUUCUGCGCCUAGCCCCACACCUCCCUCCCCACCCAGCCCUUCACCACCUCCUAUCCCUCCAAGCCCUAGACCUCCUACACCUCCAAGCCCGCCACCGUCCCCACCUAGCCCUUCACCACCUUCCCCACCCAGCCCUUCGCCUCCCUCCCCACCCAGCCCUUCACCACCCUCUCCGCCUAGCCCCACACCUCCCUCCCCACCCAGCCCUUCACCACCUUCUCCGCCUAGCCCCACACCUCCCUCCCCACCCAGCCCUUCACCACCUCCUAUCCCUCCAAGCCCUAGACCUCCUACACCUCCAAGCCCGCCACCGUCCCCACCUAGCCCUUCUCCACCUUCCCCACCCAGUCCUUCGCCUCCCUCCCCACCCAGCCCUUCACCACCCUCUCCGCCUAGCCCCACACCUCCCUCCCCACCCAGCCCUUCACCACCUUCUCCGCCUAGCCCCACACCUCCCUCCCCACCCAGCCCUUCACCACCUCCUAUCCCUCCAAGCCCUAGACCUCCUACACCUCCAAGCCCGCCACCGUCCCCACCUAGCCCUUCACCACCUUCCCCACCCAGUCCUUCGCCUCCCUCCCCUCCCAGCCCUUCACCACCCUCUCCGCCUAGCCCCACACCUCCCUCCCCACCCAGCCCUUCACCACCUUCUCCGCCUAGCCCCACACCUCCCUCCCCGCCCAGCCCCUCACCACCUCCUAUCCCUCCAAGCCCUAGACCUCCUGCACCUCCAAGCCCGCCACCGUCCCCACCUAGCCCUUCUCCACCUUCCCCACCCAGUCCUUCGCCUCCCUCCCCACCCAGCCCUUCACCACCCUCUCCGCCUAGCCCCACACCUCCCUCCCCACCCAGCCCUUCACCACCUUCUCCGCCUAGCCCCACACCUCCCUCCCCACCCAGCCCUUCACCACCUCCUAUCCCUCCAAGCCCUAGACCUCCUACACCUCCAAGCCCGCCACCGUCCCCACCUAGCCCUUCACCACCUUCCCCACCCAGUCCUUCGCCUCCCUCCCCUCCCAGCCCUUCACCACCCUCUCCGCCUAGCCCCACACCUCCCUCCCCACCCAGCCCUUCACCACCUUCUCCGCCUAGCCCCACACCUCCCUCCCCGCCCAGUCCCUCACCACCUCCUAUCCCUCCAAGCCCUAGACCUCCUGCACCUCCCAGCCCGCCACCGUCCCCACCUAGCCCUUCUCCACCUUCCCCACCCAGUCCUUCGCCUCCCUCCCCUCCCAGCCCUUCACCACCCUCUCCGCCUAGCCCCACACCUCCCUCCCCACCCAGCCCCUCACCACCUCCUAUCCCUCCAAGCCCUAGACCUCCUGCACCUCCCAGCCCGCCACCGUCCCCACCUAGCCCUUCUCCACCUUCCCCACCCAGUCCUUCGCCUCCCUCCCCACCCAGCCCUUUACCACCUUCUCCGCCUAGCCCCGCGCCUCCGACCCCACCUAGCAGCCCUCCAGCCCCUUUUCCUCCAAGCCCUAUGCCUCCUACGCCACCUAGCCCUUUUCCUCCUUCAUUUCCUAAUAGUCCUGGACCACCCUCCCCUCCCAAUCCUUCAACUCCUUCCCCACCGAGCCCUAGGCCACCUUCGUCACCAAGGCCCUUCCCGCCUCCACUCCCCAGCCCGUUAAGAGCUUUCCCAGCGCCGCCGCCCUACCUCAGCCCCUCGGCCUCGGGAUCCCUCAUGGUCGUGGUCAAAGUCACGUUACUGUUGCAGUGUCCCGUUGAUCCAACCAGGACCCUUAUCGUGUCGACUACCUAUGAACUGCAUGUGAACUUCAACUUCAUCAACGUUUUUGCUGGCUUUCCGGAUGGCUCCGGGUACGCAAGCUGCGAUGCGGGUGUGCAGGCGGGCUUCCUGAUGGGCCUUUCCGGUGUGCUGGGUUUGCCUGCUGGCAACGUGACGUCGCUCUGUGCGGACACCGCGUCUGCCGGCGGAGGCGAUGCAGCGACCAGCAACCGGCGCAGCUUGGCAGAUAACACGUCAACUUGCAGUCCGCGGGUAUCGAACACCCUGCUUCUAAAGCUGGACCCCACCACCCCUGUGGACGUGAUGAAGACCACUCUGCACUCAGCGCUGACGGCUAGUGGCGUGUGCGCGCUGGGGCCUGUCGACGGCGACUGGGCAUCUACAGGUGCUGAGGUUGAGGUUCUGUCUACGCCCGGAUCCGGUCUUGAAGAUUGCAUCUCCCUCGCUAACGCCGUGCUGCCGACACUUGAGGGCGCCGGCGUCUCAGCAGCAGGAUCCUCAACUUCUAACUGCAGCGUGUCGUACAUCAGUCAGACCAGCCUCAUGGACGAUAACCCGUCACACGGCGGCAUCUCCAAAUCCAGCGCCAUCGGCAUAGCUGGUGCUGGAGCAGCCGUCCUGGGUGUUCUGGUCAUGGUCGCUUUGGUGGUGUACCGCAGGCGUAAGAAGAGACGACGAAGCUCCACUGCACCCAGGCCAAUAGAGUACACUUAUGCGGCCAACGAGGAACGUCCUUCGCCUCAUAGUGCCUGGCUGGAAAGGCAGAGUGUUGACGCAUGUCAACCGCAACACAACGUCGACUCCGGUCUCACGCUUGGUUCCGCUUCAUGCGCCACACGAGAGGGGCCACAACUCCAUCUGUUGGCAGGCAGCGACAGGGAUGCUGACGCCAGCGUUGCGAGCGGCAAUGUACUUGCAGGCACGCCGGCGAGCAACCAAUGCGUCGACGUCACCCAGGUCACAAGUAGUGCUGUCGUUUUCAGUGCGUUGAAUCUUCCAAGAAGCGGAGGCGAUACGUCUUUGCAAGUAGCUGAUGACUCAGCAGGUCCGCGCGCACACAAGGGUGCAGCCGCCCCAGCAGCAGCAGCUGCCACCAGUAGCAUGCCUGCAGCAGCAGCAGCACCCGAGCUGGAAACCCAGCAGCACCAAGCCGCUGUACGGGGCAGACUGCCUGCACUAGACCCAGCACUGUACCCCCACGCCCCUGCAUCUCCCUUCCGCGCAAGUAAGCGCCUGGAGCAGCAGGCCCGACUGACGCCGCUGCCGCAGGCCCAGGCGGCCCCGACAGGCACUGGCAGGCCCGCUAAGCUGCCUCCCAUUGCUACUGAUGACAGCAACAGCAGCCCAUUGGCAGCAGCCUUGCAAAGUCCACAACCCGUCCCACUCAGCGGCCAGCAGCCCGUCACGCCAUCCGCGGCGAGCAGCGGAGCAGAUGGUCGGAGAAGCUCCCACGUGCGUUCCGCAUCAGAGGCAGCCAACACCGGUACCAUCACGCCGUCAAGCCCCGGUUCUGCCACCGUUAGCUAUCAGGAGCAGACAGCAGCUGCAGUACGACGCGACCCAGCAGCAGACAGCCGCCGCCCAGUGCUGGGAGGUGACAGCAGACAGCAGUGUCUCUCGCCGCGUAAGCAUGCCUACCUGCACUUGGGCACUGGUAGCAGCAGGGAAGCAGCACAAACAGCGGCUGGUGGAACGCCUUCCGUUAACGACGGGGCUGGACAGGAACGACCCACGGUUCAGCUGCCAGGCACCCCUCUGUUUGGGAGGCCCAGCAGCAGCAGUGUAGCGUCGACCAGCAACUACUGCGAUGGUCCAAGCAUCGGUGGUGAUAUGGCCCCUGCUGGGCGCCAGCAGCAGCACGAUUCAACCGUCCUGGAGCCGCCUGCGUGCAGGGGGAGUACCUGCGAGCCAAGGGGCUGAUGAGUUGGGCAGAGGGCGGCGGCCAAGUAGCGCGAGCGACCAGGGUUAUUAUGAUAAAGGAUGCUGAAAAGGCUAUCCUCGCAAACCUUGUCGGUGACGCAAAGAAUGUUUUAACACCGGCGGUAGGUUAAUUGUACAGUGCAAUUGAGUGUGGUAUAGUUGUAUAUUUGAAUGUGGCAUAAGAGGACGAGGUUAUAGAACCCUGGUCCACGAUGGACCCACGGGUCGUUCCCCGGCAACGCUGUGUACGGGCAUUGUUCGUGCACACGGUGUAUGCCGAACAGAAGUGGGUCGAGUAGCCGAAGAGAGUUGGGUGCUGUGUUCAUGCGUCCUGACGCGUGUGCUGCGGGGGUUCGUCACCCGUGCGUGUCAUCUUGUUGGGAUCCGCUGCAAGGGUUAUAAACUUAUAAUCAUUCUUUUACUUAGCUUCUGCUGGUAGACCGCAAGCCUGCAACCGCCGCGCACGACAUUUGGGUUUGCUGUAAGCAUGGGAUAGCAUGGCAUUGACCAAGCUCCUACCCGAGACGGCUAUUGUCAGGGGGACACGCGGGGCGAGGAGGGGUCUGUAUGUCAUCAGGACGUAAUGAUAGAAUGGAACGUAUGUACAUAGCGACGGGACCAGUUGAAUGCCCGCAGUCUUCAAGUACUUCAGGACAGAUGUGAACUGCAUGCCUCUGCCUGUGAGAUGUCGAUGGCUCGGUGCCAGACGUGUUGUUUGCCGGCUGCGUGCAAUGUAAACGACCGGGUGGUGUUGCCACUGUGUGGGGCGCAUUUGGGUUAUUAGUUUGGAUCUGCUGUCGAUGUGCAGGAGAUGGGGCUGAAGGUAAAGUCAACAUGCAUGCACGUAAAAUUUCGGUGCGCUGAUGUUUUGCGCUACUUGGCGGCUUUGGUUGGGGAUGCCAAGGUGAAGCGUGGGUCAGCUUGUGUCUAUGAACAGCUGUUGCCGCUGAUGAGUCAAGUGGUGAAGGGCCGCUGAGGAGCUAAGUGGUAUGGAGGAUUCCAGCGUUGAAGCGUGUGACUGGCAACUACGCCACUGCACUGCGUCGACAAGCCAUUCUUCCUUCCUGGAAGCCCUUGCCGCUGUCCUCUUCCCGUCACUUAAAGCACGUGGCAGUGCGGCCGUGCUUGCUUGCACCCCUGCAAUAAGGUGCGACGCGGUGUUUGUCUGGAGUCAACCCUGCGGUUGGACCAUACGACACUUACCGGUAACUGGUGGAUACACACCGUGUGGAUGGUUUGUGGGUGUGUGGCCCCCUCACCUGCUACUCGCCGUUAUCGGGGUCUCACCAAUACAUGUACCUUUGCAUGCGCUACCCAUAUGCAUUGCCUUCCCGGUGCUUGGCGACUGCUUGGCAGGCGCCACACUCGCCAGGAGGGGCACGGGGCUCGCGGCAAGACCACAGACCGCUUAGCGCGUCCUGACAGCGUAUACAUAUGGCCUUGUCCAGGAUCCAAAGCGCUUUACGUGGGCAUCGCAUCGGCGGUUCAAGCACGCCCAGCAGGGUUCACGCUGUGUCAUGGCGCUGAUGGCUGGGCGGCAAAGGAAAGGCCAUGGCAGCAUUGCGGCAUUCAGGACAGCUGUGGGACGUGGCCAUGGGGUGUGCGGCAGGGUGUUAAGGAAACUGGAGGAACUUUCGCGAGGAGUAACUGCCUUAUGGUCUAAUUGCCCGGGGCCAGGAGGGUCAUA